GAGUCCUGAAAUUGAGCCGGAUGGAAGAUUGAUGAAAUCAUGGCCAUGGGGGUAGGAGUGAACAGCAGAGGGUACUGGGUGAGUGGGAAGUGGCCAAGGUCAGCACGAGGCCAGGGCAGAGGACUCAGGAGCUGGAUGCUAGGGCUGCCUGGCUGGGUGGGUGUCUGAGCAUCCACAGGCAUUCCAGGCUCUGGGAGAGCAGUGCAAAGGUGGGCUUCUUCACCCCCCCACCCCCAGCCAGGGCUCCUGGCUGCCCUGGGACAUGGGGGGUGGGGUGGGGACCCAGAGGUCUGGGCUCUCCCGGAGGUCUGGCUGUGGGAUGGGCCUGUGGGUGUGGGAGAGGUAGCUGGAGCAGAUGACACAGGCACAGAUUCAUUACUGGCUGGAAGGGAAACCACAGAUUGGCCAGGACACAGGAGGCACAGGAGCCCGGUCCUACAUUCCCGAGGGGGAGAGGCAGACAGGAGGGUUGGAGCCCUCAGUGGGCAGCUCUUCUCAUCCAAAUGAUUGACCUGCUGACUGUGGGCGAGUCUCGGCAGAUGACCGCUGUGGCAGAGAAGAUCCGGACCGCCCUGCUCACUGCUGGGGACAUCUACCUCUUGUCCACCUUCCGCCUGCCCCCCAAACAGGGUGGUGUCCUCUUUGGCCUCUACUCUCGGCAGGACAACACACGAUGGCUGGAGGCCUCUGUUGUGGGCAAAAUCAACAAAGUGCUGGUGCGGUACCAGCGGGAGGACGGCAAGGUCCACGCGGUGAACCUGCAGCAGGCGGGCCUGGCCGACGGGCGCACGCACACGGCUCUCCUGCGACUCCGAGGUCCCUCCCGACCCAGCCUCGCCCUGCAGCUCUACGUGGACUGCAAACUGGGUGACCAGCACGCCGGGCUCCCAGGGCUGGCCCCCAUUCCUCCAGCGGAGGUGGACGGGCUGGAGAUUAGGACCGGACAGAAGGCUUAUUUGAGGAUGCAGGGCUUUGUGGAGUCUAUGAAAAUGAUUCUGGGCGGGUCCAUGGCCCGGGUGGGAGCCCUGAGUGAGUGUCCGUUCCAGGGGGACGAGUCCAUCCACAGAGCAGUGACCAACGCGCUCCAUUCCAUCCUGGGGGAGCAGACCAAGGCGCUGGUCACCCAGCUCACCCUCUUCAACCAGAUCCUGGUGGAGCUGCGGGAUGACAUCCGAGACCAGGUGAAGGAAAUGUCCCUGAUCCGAAACACCAUCAUGGAGUGUCAGGUGUGCGGCUUCCACGAGCAGCGUUCGCACUGCAGCCCCAACCCCUGCUUCCGCGGCGUGGACUGCAUGGAGGUGUACGAGUACCCCGGCUACCGCUGCGGGCCCUGCCCCCCCGGCCUGCAGGGAAAUGGCACCCACUGCAGCGACAUCAAUGAGUGUGCCCACGCGGACCCUUGUUUUCCUGGCGUCAGCUGUAUCAACACCAUGCCCGGCUUCCGCUGUGAGGCCUGUCCCCAGGGCUACAAAGGCACGCGGGUGUCCGGUGUGGGUAUUGACUACGCCCGCGCCAGCAAACAGGUCUGCCAGGACAUCGACGAAUGCAGUGACGGUAACAACGGUGGCUGCGACCCCAACUCCAUCUGCACCAACACUGUGGGUUCCUUCAAGUGUGGUCCCUGUCGCCUGGGCUUCGUGGGCAACCAGAGCCAGGGCUGCGUCCCCGCCCGCACCUGCCACAGCCCAGCCCACAGCCCCUGCCACGUCCACGCGCACUGUCUCUUUGAACGCAACGGGGCCGUGUCCUGCUCGUGUAACGUGGGCUGGGCCGGGAACGGGAACGUGUGUGGGACCGACACGGACAUCGACGGCUACCCGGACCAGGCCCUGCCCUGCAUGGACAACAACAAACAUUGCAAGCAGGACAAUUGCCUUUUGACCCCCAACUCUGGCCAGGAAGAUGCUGAUAACGAUGGCGUGGGGGACCAGUGCGACGAUGAUGCCGAUGGCGAUGGGAUCAAGAAUGUCGAGGACAACUGCCGGCUCUUCCCCAACAAGGACCAGCAAAACUCAGAUACAGAUUCAUUCGGGGAUGCCUGUGACAACUGCCCCAACGUUCCCAACAAUGACCAGAAGGACACGGAUGGCAAUGGGGAAGGGGAUGCCUGUGACAACGACGUGGACGGGGACGGUAUCCCUAACGGACUGGACAAUUGCCCUAAAGUCCCCAACCCCCUGCAGACAGACAGGGAUGAGGACGGGGUGGGAGAUGCGUGUGACAGCUGCCCUGAAAUGAGCAAUCCCACUCAGACAGAUGCAGACAGCGACCUGGUGGGGGAUGUCUGUGACACCAACGAGGACAGCGACGGGGAUGGACAUCAGGACACCAAGGACAACUGCCCACAGCUGCCAAACAGCUCCCAGCUGGACUCUGACAACGACGGCCUUGGAGAUGAGUGUGACGGGGACGAUGACAACGACGGGAUCCCAGAUUAUGUGCCUCCUGGUCCCGACAACUGUCGCCUGGUUCCCAAUCCCAAUCAGAAGGACUCAGAUGGCAAUGGCGUCGGUGACGUGUGUGAGGAUGACUUUGACAAUGAUGCGGUGGUUGACCCCCUGGACGUGUGUCCCGAAAGUGCGGAGGUGACCCUCACGGAUUUUCGGGCCUAUCAGACGGUUGUCCUGGAUCCUGAGGGCGAUGCCCAGAUUGACCCAAACUGGGUGGUGCUCAACCAGGGCAUGGAAAUCGUUCAGACCAUGAACAGUGACCCCGGCCUGGCCGUUGGAUACACAGCCUUCAACGGUGUGGACUUCGAAGGCACCUUCCACGUGAACACGGUCACAGAUGACGACUACGCAGGCUUUCUCUUCAGCUAUCAGGACAGCGGCCGCUUCUACGUGGUCAUGUGGAAGCAGACGGAGCAGACGUAUUGGCAGGCCACCCCUUUCCGGGCGGUGGCUCAGCCCGGGCUGCAGCUCAAGGCAGUGACAUCCGUGUCUGGCCCAGGUGAACAUCUCCGGAAUGCCCUGUGGCACACUGGCCACACCCCCGACCAGGUGCGACUGCUGUGGACUGACCCCCGGAACGUGGGCUGGCGGGACAAGACCUCCUACCGCUGGCAGCUACUGCACCGGCCUCAAGUCGGCUACAUUCGGGUGAAGCUCUAUGAGGGCCCUCAGCUGGUGGCAGACUCCGGGGUGAUCAUUGACACGGCCAUGCGAGGGGGGCGCCUUGGCGUAUUCUGCUUCUCCCAAGAAAACAUCAUUUGGUCCAACCUCCAGUAUCGAUGCAAUGACACCGUGCCCGAGGACUUCGAGCCGUUCCGGAGGCAGCUGCUCCAGGGAAGAGCGUGAAGAGGCGGCCGCCGGAUUCAGAGUCCUGGUCUUUGCCCCUUUGGCCUCGGGGUCCGUCCUGGAGACCCUCGGGUCUAAUCUGCAGCCGCUCAGCCAAACACAGACCCUCCUCCGGCACCCACGGGAGUUCAGUCCCCGAGGGGUGGUGACCCCACUGUCCAGGAGACGGGAGGUUUUCAGGGGGUGUUUCUCAGGCACUAACCCCAGGAAAGAGAACACGUUGCCAUAAAGUUGCAGUGGUUUUCCACA